ACCCUCCAGUUGGGAAAAGUAAAGAUUUGCAUUUACACUACCGUUUCAGUAGGAGACUCGGUAAAGAUUUACAUUUACACUAGCGUUUCAGUAGGAGACUCUUCGUCUGGAGCCACUAGCAUCCUUCAGAUUCCAGGUAACGAUCAAAUUGUGCGCACUCCAACAGGCAGGCCAUGGUGGAUAUUUAAGGACUGUCCUACUCAUCAGUAGUCUUAGAAGUAGCACAACAUUUCGGCGAGCACUUGCAUACUGCGCACGCCAUGUCGAUCUACGGAACAGUUCCUGUCAAGUUGUUCAUCGACAAGGUGAACAAAAAGGUUCUGUUUGCUGAAUCUGACAAGGACUUCGUCGACAUCCUCUUCAGUUUCCUCACGCUGCCCCUUGGCACGAUUGUCCGUCGCCUCGGUAAGCAGUCCCAGUUAGGGUGCCUUGAUGAGCUGUACAAGAGUGUGGAGAGUCUCAGCGAAGAUCACUUCCAAACCAAGGCUUGCAAGAGCAUGCUUCUUCGUCCUGUCAAUGCCGCCGCGUUUCAGUGCGAUCGGCUUAAAGUCCAAAUUGACGAUGAAAAUUCCAGAAGAUUUUACGUCUGCUGCGCUAGCAACUGUAAGAAGAUGACCCCGGUCAAGGUUAAUUAUUGCAACUGUGGCAGUGGGACAAGUUCUUGGGAAUGUCCACAUAACGUAUUUGGUACUGUUGAAGGCAAUGAUGACGGGACUUUUCUUAAAAGUGGUCUGAAGUUCAUCGUUACUGAUGAUCUCCAAGUGUCUCCUGCUUCUACUACUCUUGUGUUUUCCCUGCUCGAUAGGUUUGGGCUACAAGAGCAAGCCAAGAUUGAGGAGAAGAUUUUUCAACUCAACGCCCACAUGAUAAUUAGCCUCCUUCAGAGAGCAUCAUUGUCCAAGCAACCUUUAACUGGACUAUAUUUUGAUGUUCCUCUCUCACAAGAUGCUGUAAACAUAGAUCAGCUCCCUAAAAUCCCAAAACAAGGUGAUGGUAGUUUCUUUGCAAUCAAGAUAAAGCUUGUGCAUACAAAGGACGACUCCUCGGAAUUGUAUGCUGAAGUUGGGGAAGAUUUUGUCGAUCUUAUUUUUGGACUCCUUUGCUUUCCACUUGGCUCCGUCAUUAGGACAUACGGUCAAAUGUCUCCGAAUGGAUGUAUUGGCAACCUGUACAAUAGUAUUGAUGGGAGCGCGAAUGGAUGCGUGAAAUCAGAAUGUGAAUACUUGCUUCGUACUCCCAAGUUAGCCCCCUUCUUUGGGUGCAGCAGAGAUGUACUUCAAGCAGAAGAGCUAUGCCCAAGAAGAGUGACUUCCAGCUGCUUGAAGUGCUAUCGUACGACAAGUCAAGUAUGCACUACCCAUACAAAACCAUUAAGCGCAACUGUGAAGGAGAUGAAUCCAAAGUACGCAGACAAUGAAAGUUACUACAACAACGGUAAGGCAUAUAUCAAGGGAGGCCCCAGAAACUUCCUGGUGACCGACGAUCUGCGGGUCAUCCAUUUCUCCUUGACAAACACUCUGCAAGUCAUGCGUGCAGCCAAGGUUCCCAAGGAGGAGCUGGUGGAAAAACAACUCUCUCUCGACAAAACCCAGGUUAUGAAGCUAGUGAGAGCUGCAUUGGUGACUCGAGGUGCACUUAGCAGCGUGCUGUUGCCUCCGAAGAAAUAGUGGCAUACUGCCAUUCUAUCAUCUGAAGCCGGAUGAUGCAAAUAAGAUAUCACCAUUCCACUAUAGUUUGCUAUUGUUCCAUCCGUGCAAGUUUGAUGUUUCACCCUAGCCUUCAAGUGUGUUGCUCCCAGUAUCAUACUGUGAGUGGCUGAAACCACUAUGCCUGCAGUUUACGCAGGAUCUAUUUUGUUCAUGCCCUGUUUCAACUGCUUAAAUAACUUGCGAUACCAGGUAUUAAGUUUUGACAGAA